CGAUUUUUUUCGACAUUUCUAUCCUUGCUUAUUUCUACAUGUAUAGAAGUUAUAAAUGCACAUGGAUUCAGAGCCUCGUCUCGACUGGUUUGAGAAUCACCGGGUCUCUGCCGUCUACUACUGCUUCUGCUGCUAUGUCUUCUUCGUCGAAGGAUCCAAAUAAGAAGAUCCGGAAGCCUUACACCAUCACCGUCCAGAGAGAGCUGGACCGAGCAAGAGCACGAUGAGAAGCUUUAGGGGGAGAAUUGUGUGUGUUUUGUUUCUUGAUUUCGGGGAAAGGUUGGGAAAAAUGUUCAGUAAAGUCAAUUGGUCAGUUGAGUGGGGUGAGUGUAUUGUUUCUCUAUUAUUUCGUUUCUUUUUAUUUUCUUGCACUUUCUCCACAACCAAACGACGAAUUGAGUGUUCUCUACUCCUAGACUAAAGCGAACGGCACAUUUUCAAAAAGGUCGCGUUUCGACAUACGGUUCUUUGACGAAUUGAAGAAAGAGUAUGGUUUCUCUCUCUGAUACCAUGGAUAUUCCGCUGCCAUUGGAAAAAUUAUCUUUGGAAUCCAUAGAUGAAGACAGAUCUCUGGAGACUACCAAUAGGGAGAAGAUGUAUGUAGCUCUAGUAGCAACUGGAAGUUUCAAUCCUCCUACUAAUAUGCAUUUACGCAUGUUUGAGCUAGCAAGAGAUGCAUUGAGGUCAGAAGGUUAUUGUGUUAUUGGGGGUUAUAUGUCACCAGUGAAUGAUGCAUACAAGAAAAGGGGCCUGAUAUCUGCUGAACAUCGUAUUCAGAUGUGUGAUCUUGCCUGCAAAAGUUCUGAAUUCAUAAUGGUGGAUCCUUGGGAGGCAAAUCAGAGUACCUUCCAACGUACAUUGACGGUCUUAUCUAGAAUUAAGUGUUCUUUGUGUGAGAAUGGACUUAUACCCAGAAAAUCCCUCAAGGUCAUGCUUGUCUGUGGUUCUGAUCUGCUUGAGUCUUUUGGCAUUCCUGGAUUUUGGAUAACUGAGCAGGUAAUGGCUAUCUGUAGAGACUAUGGUGUGGUGUGCAUUCGCCGAGAAGGGCAAGAUGUUGAGAAAAUCAUAUCUGAUAACAAUAUCUUGAAUGAAAAUAAGGGAAACAUCAUAGUUGUGGAUGAUCUUGUGCCAAACCAGAUCAGCUCGACGAGAGUAAGGGAAUGCAUUUCAAGGCAGUUGUCAGUGAAAUAUCUGAUGGAAGAUAGAGUGAUUGAUUAUAUCAAACAACAUCAUCUUUACUCCAACUCAUCAGAAAGGUAAUGGCCUUCCUUGAACUUCAAUUUGGAAAUUACAAAGCUAGUUCCACAUUUGUAUUUCUAAAACCAAACAAUAAAUUAUCAAAAUACGAAGCAUUUCUAUUUAGCAAGGUAGUUUUAGAUUUUCAUUUUUUCUACCUCACGAGGCUCAUCAUGUAAUAAACCAUGUUUUACGAUUAUCAAACAUUCCAAUUAAUGCGAAAAAUGGUUUUCUUCGAUUU